AAAAAAAAGAAAAAAAAUGUGGAAAAAAUAAUCUCAAAAGAAAAAAAAAGUUGAAGAAAAAGUCAACCCUUGGUAUUGGUGUAAUUUGUGUAAUUGGUGACAUACAGUCCUCAAGAGGGCAACAUGCAUUGAUUAAAAAUAUAUUCAUUUCACCAGCUGGUGAAUAUACAUGUAACCAUCGAAAGUGACCGGCCAGUAAAAUAUAACUGUUAUAAUUGAUAUCAUGUGACAAGCUCUGGACCAAUCACAUCUCGGUAUCAGAUAAGCUAUCUAAUAUUUAAGUUAUAUUGACUGCCUUCAUUCAGGGCAAUAUGACAUAUAUUGCCCGAAGGUGAGGGCGAUUAUAACAAUCCGUAUUGCCCUGAAUUAGGCAGUCAAUAUUACUAUUAUUAUCCACAUCAGAUAUCUAGAGCAAACAAGAAAAUUUCAAUAUCUUAUACUCUUAUAUUGUGAAAAAAUACAGUAGCCUACAGUAGGUACACUGCACAGGUUUUCCUAUCAUUAAAAGUGACAAAAACAUUGUUAAAACCUGCAUUCAAUUUUGUCUCUCAAUCAGAAAUUGAGUGGAUGCUUAUAAUUAGGAUUUAAACAAAAACUAUGUUUUACCCUCUUUUGUUAAUUGAUGUUAAGAUGCAGCUCUAAUGGAAGAGGAAAUAAGGUCCUUUUGUGUCUAUAAUUAGUUAUUACCUGUACAAGGGAAGCUGGCAACUUACCCAAUGCUCAAAAGAGAGCUUUUUAUUACCAUACCCGUCACUGGAGGUUAGCCAAGCGAUGCUUUGUCUGGAAUUAUCAUCAUACAUGUAGCUUUCCAUCCAUCAUUUAUGAUCUAAAUUAGCAACAUAUGAGCAACUGAGUGAUAGCUAAGCUCUGCACCAUUUCCAUAGAUAUUGUAUCUCCUGCUGGUUUUAAUCUCAAGUCAGCUCCAUGUACACUGUAUGAUGCGAAAUACUUUUCGACAGCUUAUUACAAUGUCUGAGCAGCGCAUUCCUCAUCUGGGUCACAGGAUGAUGCCUGCAGCUGGUGUACCUGGAGCACAAGGAGGAGGUAAUGUAGGACAAGGAGGAGCAGGAGGGGGAGCUUUGGCUCCAGGACAACCUGGAGGGGCAGCAGGAGGAGGAGGUGGUGGUGCAGCAAACCAAGGUCUAGCCAACGAUCCACUUCAGGCCUUUUACUUUUCUGUGAUUAAUCAACCACAACCACCUAUCACAAUCUCUGCUAACCCAGAAGAUGAAGAUAAAGAUGACAAGAUGCCACCGGGAGGAGUUGAUUGCUAUGGUAACGAAAGGAAAGCUCUUUCAGACAUGACACGGUUCUAUAAUAAUCCUCAGCUGAGUGAUAUUAAACUGAAGGUUGGCUUUGAAGAGUUCAAUGGUCACAAGCUGGUGUUGGUCAGAUGGAGUGAGGUCUUUGAGAGAAUGUUCAGUGCAGAUUGGUCAGAUCAAAAAAAAAAAGAAAUCGAGCUUGUAGAAGAACCAGAGUGUACUGAAGUAUUCCCAGCAUUCCUGAAGUUCCUAUACUCGUGUCAUAUCAUCCUGACCAUUGAGAACACUCUACCAAUUCUGAUGCUGGCUGAUAAGUACAAUGUCUGUGAUCUACGCCGGGUCUGCAUAGAGUUUGCCACCAACAGCAUCAUGCCGAAGUUGCCUCUUAAAGAUGUCUUCCAUGUUUGGUACCAGUAUGCUACAAAGUGCUAUCAUCAAGUGUUGAUUACAGCCUCGGUCAAAGCACUCUCUCCCAAAGCUGAUGACAUUAUGUCAUUACCAGACUGGAAUGUUGAAUGGCUUGCUCUUGAUAGAGAUCAGCUUGUGCAGUUCUUAAAGAGCUCACAUCUUACUGUCAGAAAUGAACUGCUUGUGUUCAGGGCAGUCAUUAAAUGGAUUGAAUCUCCCAAGCAUCCAGAACGCAUGCAAAAGAUGGAAGAUCUUCUAAAGGAGAUAAUCCCUCAUAUACGCUUUCCUAUGAUGACUCCUGAGCAACUACAGCAACUGGAGAACCACAGGAUUGUUGAACAAUUCCCAGCACUCUUUUCAACUUCGCUCCUACAUGCUUACAAGUUCAAUGCACUUCCUUUAGAAUCCCGUGCAAACAACCCAGACUUCUCCUCGACCAGUUACCUACUGAGAAACUACACAGAUCUUAGAUGGGACAAGAGAAUAGUUCUAUCAGGGUAUUCACAGUUCAACAAGCUACAGGAAGUGAUGCCAAGGUUUUCCACCAGAUCUUCAUCCUACCCUCACUCUAGCUGGGAUUGGGAACUCAAGAUCUAUCCCAAGGGAUCUUCAUCUAGCAAUGAAGACUUCCGCAUGAUUCUCUAUUCCAAUGUGGUCCUAGAUCAACCUAGACCCAUUGAGUACAUGGUUCAAGUGGUUAAUGAUUCAAAGGUACUUGCUGUCACAAGUGGCAAGAAGAACUUCACUAAAGCCCGUUAUCACUCAGAUACUGACAUUGACAAGAAGGUUCCUUUGAAUGAUCUCAUGACAUCCUCUAGUCAGUAUAUUGUUAAUGAUGAGCUUGUAGUUCAAGUCUUUCUGAAACCUUUACAAUGAUAUGAACUUCUUUCAUUUGGAAUGGACCAAGCUUAGACUAAUUUGAUUCCUAACCCUAGUGCUCCUAUUUUGAGGUAAUUCAAUCUCUUGUUCAUCUGGGCCUAUUGUGAAUUUAAUUUGCAUGCUGUGAUUGCAUUUUACACUACUGUACACUAUUGUGUUACAUCUUGAAAUGAGUGUGUUGGAUUAGACAAAAAUCUCUGUAAAUUACUAUCCCUUUUCUUCUUAUCAAAUAUUAGUCUUUGAAGGGAAAUGUCAACUUUAUCAAUUUGCAAUAACGAAUGAGAGCAUAACAGCCAUAGCCCCAUGGAAAGACUUUAAAAAACCUGUAUUUGAAACAGGCCGUCUGGAAAAGUGGAAUGGGUAUUCUAAAUAUACCAUGAGUCAUCUCUUGAUUAGAUUUCUUAUACUAUGUGCCAUAGAAUUUGUGUUCUAAAUAUCACCAAAUUCCUUUGUUGUGGCAAGUAAAGCAAUAUCCCAUCUAGAAAGGCUAUGGUAGACUAUUUACUUGAUUGUAUCAGUUGUAUAUGUAUAUGAAAAUAUGAUGAAAUACAUGAUUUUAUUUUCAUUC